CAUGGCUUCCACCAGUGGCGGCUCGGCCGCCGCCUCGGCGCCGUCCUCGUCGCGGAUGAGCGACGUGGUGCACGUGGACGAGCUCCACGUGGAGAGCGACGACCUGGUCACGGAGGUGGUGGAUGUGACCGGGGGAAGCGAUGACGAGGAUUUGGUCGAGGUGAACAAGGCGGGUCCCCCGCUUUACUUCCACGGCUACCGCCGGGGCCGUGAGCUGGGACGUGGCGCCUCUGGACAGGUCUUCGUGUGCCACAAGAAGGGGGACACCUCCAGCAGCGGCGGCGGCUACGCGGUGAAGGUCGUGGAUCUGCGGCGGCUGCACCUGCAGCCGAACGCGGAACGCGAGGAGAAGAAGCUGAGCCGCGAGGUGGAGAUCCUGACAAGACUACCGCCGCAUCCCAACAUUGUGCAGCUCAUCGACACCUUUGAGGAUGGCGAUUGGUUCCUGUUGGUCUUAGAGUUGGUGGGCGGUGGAGAUCUCUACACGGUGCUCACCAAUCGAGAACCGCCAAGGUUACAGGAGCGGGAAGCCGCUUUCGUGGUAGCACAGUUGGUGGAAGGCUUAUCCUUUCUACACAGUCAAGGCAUCAUCCACCGGGAUAUGAAGCUGGAAAAUGUCCUGGUGGCCAACGAGCGGCGUGAGAAACCCUUGGUGUUUUACACGGUGAAAAUCACCGACUUUGGCCUCUCCAAGGCCAUUGGCGCCGGCUUCAGCGAAGCACGCUCCACGGUGGGCACGCGGCCCUACACGGCACCGGAGGUCCUGAGAGAAGAUUCGCACGACUUCAGUUCUGACCUGUGGUGUUUGGGCGUGUUGCUCUUCGUGCUCUUGGCGGGGCAUUUCCCUUUCAACAAGAUCCCCACCAAGCAAGACGAGCUACAACAUUUGGUUGGGAAGCUGAAAAUCAGCGACCUCUCCAAGUCGGUGUUGCUGGGACUGCUGCAGUUGGAGCCACUGAAACGCUUGGAUUUAGCUGGCUUGGCGCGACACGAAUGGAUCUGCGAAACGAUCAUGGAAGACGACGAGGAAAAGCCCAAGCGCACGCGCUCCGUCACCUCCGCCGCCGACAGGCUGCCGUCCACGGCGUCCACGGCCGAAGCUCGCGCGUCGGCGGCCGUGCCGCCGCCCAAGGUCGAAGCCAACUCGCGGGGUGGAUCAGAGGAGCAUGUGAAACGUUCCACCGGCCGCGGCGAUCGCCCGCGCUCCCGCGACGGCGCCGCCACGCCACCCACCGCGACGACGAGUUCCUCGACGCCUGCGCCGCUGCCGCCGCCGCCGCCGGAAGCCGAGACGCAGACUGCGACCCCGGCGACCCCCGAAAAGCCACCGCCUCCCCCGCCGCCGAGCCCACUGAGCGUGCCGCUGCCGGGGCAACCGGUACCAGCCUUGAACUCCAAGCGCUCGAUGUCGAUGAUGUUCUCCCAUAGUGAGGUCUUGCCUUCCAGCCUGCAACAGGAUGUGAUGCAGGUGCAUAUGGUGGUGCCAGAUCGGUUUUGGGUGAUCAUCAACAAGAGUGGCCCGCAACUGAAGCAGAUCUCCUCAACCUUGGGCUGCCAGGUGCGAUUGAUCUCCCGAAAAACGGUGAGUGAACAGCGCUUGGUGGGUGAUCAUCGUAUCGUGGUCAUCGGGACCUACUACCAGUGUAGCGUUGUUCAGGAGCUGGUGCAUGGCCGCAUGAUGCAGGCGCAGCGCGCCGAGGGCAAGGAGCCCACCGGGGAGAUCGCCGUGACGUUGUUCGUCCGCGCCGAGGCGGCCGGCGUCGUCAUCGGCAAGCAGGGCUGGGUGCUGGGACGGGUGCGUAAGCAAUCCGGUGCCAAGAUCAACUUGCUACGGGAAGAAGUCCGCGGUCAAAGGCCUUGUAUCAUCGAGGGCUUUUUCCAGAACGUGCUUCAAGCUGAGAAGCACAUCUUCGACCUCGUCACCGCUGUCCCCGUGGUGACCUCUCCGCCGCCGCCGCCGCGCUGGCCGCCGCAGCCGCCCUCCUGCGUUCCGCAGGCGCCCAAGCUGUCGCGGACGCGGCUGAGCGCCGAGCCGUUGAACGGCGUGGUGGUGACUUGGAAAGGUGCCAUUGGAUGGAUUCAACCAGAGCAGCAGCUGAAUCACCCCCGGGCCUUUUCGCGGCAGGGACAGGUCUACAUUCACGCGAAAGACGUGAUCAACAACGAGCCGCUGACAGUGGGCCAAGCGGUGCGCUUUCAUCUCUACGAGGAUCGCGCAGGGCUCGGUGCGGAGCAAUGCUAUGCCAUUGCCUGAGGCGUACGGUCGCAGCGGUGCUGCCAACAGUUUCAGGGGG